AUGGAUAAAUAUGUCAAUUGUGUCACUAGUAUACUUGAAAUAAAAAAAGACAGGGAAAGGAGGGAAGAAGGGCAAACUCAUCAGACAAAAACAACUUCCUUAAGAACUAAGAAGGACAAUCUCAUUUCAUUGACUAGUUUUCACAUCCUCCAACAAAAGUCUGAGUUUGAAACACAGCAUAAACAAAGCAAAAUAUGAGUGCCACUCUCCCUUUUUAAAUGGAAACAAAGCUGAAGACACCACAAGAAGAAACCAAUAGAUAACAAACUAGAGAUAGAGUGAGAGUGAGAGUGAGAGUGAGAGACAUGUAUAGGUUCAGCAACACAGUGAUCGGGUUCUUGAACUUGUUCACACUUUUAGCAUCCAUACCAAUAAUUGGAGCAGGUCUAUGGAUGGCAAGGAGCAGCACAACCUGUGAAAAUUUUCUCCAAACCCCUCUUUUGGUUAUAGGAUUUGUUGUGCUUGUGGUGUCACUAGCAGGCUUCAUUGGUGCAUGCUUUCAUGUGGCAUGUGCACUAUGGUUGUACUUGGUGGUCAUGUUGUUCCUCAUAGCAGCACUGAUGGGUUUGACUAUAUUUGGUUUUGGGGUGACUAGCAAGGGUGGCGGUGUGGAAGUGCCUGGAAGGGUUUACAAGGAGUAUCAUCUUCAGGAUUACUCACCAUGGUUGAGGAAGAGAAUUCAGGAUCCUCGCUAUUGGAAUACUAUUAGAGGCUGUAUUUUGGGGUCCAAAACUUGUGAAAAGCUUGCCUCUUGGACCCCUCUUGAUUAUAUGCAAAGGGAUAUGUCUCCAAUACAGUCUGGAUGUUGUAAGCCACCAACUGCUUGCACUUACAACGUGGCAACAAUGAUGAUGACCCAAGACCCUGAUUGCUACAGGUGGAACAAUGCCCCUAAUUUGCUCUGCUAUGAGUGUGAUUCUUGCAAAGCUGGUGUGCUUGAAGACAUAAGAGGGAAUUGGCACAAGCUCUCAGUUCUCACUGUCACCAUGCUUGUGCUUCUUAUAGGGAUUUAUUCCAUUGGGUGCUGUGCUUUCAGAAACACAAGAAGAGCUGAAACGGACUAUCCCUAUGGUGAAAACCGGAUGACCAAAGUCCGACCCAGAUGGGAUUACCAUUGUUGGAGGUGGUUACAUGACAGGAGAGAACAGCUUUAUUAGCUUACCAUCCAUCCAUGCUUGGGUUGGGUGCUCCAUAGUGUAUGGUAUAGAAUAGAAGGCAUCAAGGUCUUUGUUUCUACCAGCUUUCCUAAAUGGCUGCUUUUUGUAUAAGGCAUAAAUUUGCUUUAUCGUAAAACACCGAUACUUCUUUUUUUUGCCUUUUCUCAUUAGUGGAUGGUUUUGAAUUUUAAUACAUCAAGUACACUGAA